AUGAACUUUUUUUCUAUCUUCGACUUUUUGGAUGAAGCAAGAGAGCGAAAAACACACGAUCAACUACAGAACACCAAGUCGAGCAUUCACCUUGCAUUUUAUACCCGUCAGUUUGAAAGCCUUCUCAAGCUCUGCCAGCCUUUGCAAAGUAUAUUUGCUGCAGCUCUUGUUCCUAAAUUUGCUCCUACCUCAUCCCCCGAGCUCGAUGGCUUGCUCCAAAAAUUUCGAGAUAAGCUCUUUAUUCCGGCAUGGCUCCCAUACGAAGACAAAAGAGCCAUGUAUAAGAAGUCAAAAUCACAGGAACUACUCAGUCACCCCGUAGUGGUCAACGUUGGAACCGAAGAUGCAGUCGAUAACUACACACUGCGACCCAUGCACAUUGCAGACGCCCCGAGUAACAGCGAGGUCGCCAGAGUGAUUAGACUGCUGAAGACAGAGGAAGAUUGGAAGAGUCUCAUUCCAUUCCUAAGUGGACUUCAUUCCUCGAAACGGGACCUCACCCCACAUACUACCGAGAUGCUUAUACGGAGAGCUGGUGAUCUUGGAAUGGAAGCACAUGUUUUGCAAGCUGUAGCGCAAGCACAUCGAACAGGCCUGCUCAUGCGCAAUGCUGAUUUCACUCGAACGCUUCUAUUUUCUAUACGACUAAAGGCAGAAAAGGCUGGAUUUAAGGGACCUGAUGUUCAUCUUGCUCUUGGACAGGCAAAGGAACUAGUCAGGUUACUGAAUUCCCCGGAACACACUCACCCAGUUGCUGAAAAGGACCCAAAGAGGCUCCCUAGCGUUAUCGGAAUGUUACUCGAGUUGAAGGCAGCCUACGCCAUGGAUGCGUUUAAAGGCCGUGAUGAAGACCAGGGAGUUCGGUCAUAUGCGAAUAAACUUAUUAGCACAUGGCCAUUAGAGAAGUUCACUGUGCCAUCAGAAUGGCCAACGGCUAACUGGAGACUACGCACUUACGUACCUCUAUGGCACGGAAUGGAUCUGGCUUUGAAGGUUGAAGAAAUUAAGGCCCAGCCGGAUAUUCGACAAGGUCUGGAAGCUCGAAGGGGCGAAUUGGCUAAGGCCAUUGAAAGUUGUCUCCAGACUGUUGACAAGCACCGCCAGGAGGUCACCCACACUGUAUCCUGGACGAAGUCACUUCUGCAUAAAUAG